ACCAGGGUUAUGCCACCGAAAAAUCAUCCACCUCGCCUUGUAUUUGAUGUUCCUUCGAACGAUUCGAACUGGCUGAAUGACGAUUUUAUGUUUACUACAAAGCCAUCAGUUGAUUUCAGAGCAGCAAAUGAUUCAACUAGAAUAGACUUGAACAAAGGUGAUUCACGUUUAACACCAGCAACAUUUGUUAGCUAUGCACCGUCAGCAGGAUAUGGUGAACCACUACCCUGGGAUAUCGUUGACUGGCAAUUGAAUAAUGAUGGAUUUGAAAAGUUAUGGAGUAGUCAAAACUCAAAUGUAAUUCCAAGUAUAUCUGCGAGUAUCAAAGCAACUAUCGACCCUACAGAUAUACUUGUUGAUGCUGUUCAUAAUUUCCAUCCUAAUUAUCGUCAUUAUACUCAGGUAAUCUUUCAUCGGAUUAUGCUACCAUCCUGUGCUUGCAUAUGCCGAAACAGAGAAUCAAUAAUGAAAUAUUGUUUUAGAAACAUUGUCAAAAGUUGUCUUGCGACCCAGCUACUCAGUGCAAGAUUUUUAAUCUUCUAAACUAAAUUGAGAUGAAUCACAAUAAUCGCUGGUUUCUUAGAGUGACUUCGAAACCACCUGUUUCGACACUGC